AAAAAAAAAAAAAAACAAAACUGAAAACUCAAAGGCAUGAUUGAAUAAAAGCAAAUGAAAAAGACGCUUUUAGUUAACGUAACAACUGGAAGUCCAAGUGCUUUCUAGUUUCUCCUAGACUCCACUCGAAACACUCAGGUCGCUCUUACUUUCUGUAUUAUAUCGUUGGCGCCGGCUCUCCCUUCUCCGGCGAUUCUGAUCUCGGCUGCCGUUCCUGGUUUCCUCGGUUCCGAUCGUAGAGCUAACAUCUGGAUUGAAUGCCCUUCUGUAAAGGGCUUCAUCUGCAGUCAAGGUCUCUGAAAGUUGCGUGAAUAGGACAAUGGAAGAGGUAACAUCUGCAUUGAAUGCCCACAUCGACCAAAUGGCAGAUCUGGUAGAGAAAGUCAGUGCUGAGCUACGAGCUGGUUUUACACCUGCUUAUAAUAACUUCAUGGGAUUCUUUCAUGCAAUUGACUGGAAGGAACCUUGGCUGGUAGGUCUCCUUACAUUUCAUGUUCUCUUGCUUCUAGUGGUGAUAUUUUCAAGGAAGAAUAUUAACUUUCAGAUGUGCUUGUUCCUUUUUGCGUUGGUCGGAGUCUAUCUUGCUGAGAGGCUGAACGUUAUCUUAGCUGACAACUGGAAAAGCUUUGCAACCCAGAAUUACUUCGAUCCCCAUGGACUCUUUCUCUCAGUACUUUGGUCGGGGCCUCUUUUGGUUAUAGCCAUUGUUAUAUUGAUUAACACCCUUUUUUCAUUAUGUUACCUGAUUGUGAGAUGGAAAAGGGCUGAGCUCAGACACCGAGCAAGAGAAGCUCGUAACAAGCAGGAUUAAAUUGAAAUUUAUUUUGCUGUAAUGAUGAUACAUUCUGUGUAGGACAAGAUAUUCUUCUUGUUUUUUAAGAAAAUGUUCAAGUAAAAUUUUGGUUUUCAUUAAGGACUUCUUUUCUUUUUUAGUCAGAAAGUGCAACAUUUUUCAUCUUUAUAUUUCAUUUCCUUCCACUCCAAAUUUUG